UUAACGGGUCCGUCUUAUGAAAGGCAUAAAUCAACAUUAAGAUACUCUGCUGUCCGGUUCGGUGAAGGUGUCCGGUAAACGUGUCGGUAGAUGGAGGAGCGUUCAUAAGUCCUGCAGGUUAUUACUGCUGACAGGCUGAGGAGCUGACAGGCUGACUUUAUGAGGAAGGACACGCAAAUCGUCAAAAGGCUUCUGUUGCACCGAGAUGCACUAAUUCUGAGUUAAGCCAUGAAACGGUGGACCUCGGCCCUGAAAUGUGAGUGACCCGUUGACGGUACCGAGGCUGCUGUGGUCUCACGGCUCCCACCUCCUGACACGUAUUCAGACUGAAGCAAACCCAGUCACACUACACCGGGACAUGUGAGCUCCCCGCAACCCGACCGGGACAGGUGAGCUCCCGUCAGCCCGACAGGACGAGCAGGCUCCCGGUGGUCGGAGGCGGGUAUCGGUCAGACCUGUGCAUCAGAGGCGGCCUGUGGCUGCAGCUUUACCGAUCCAUGCUGGACGAACCGGGACAUGCGGGAUUUGUGACCGACAACACAAACGCGUUUCCAGUUUUGGAGAACUAAGCCUCAGAUCAUGGAGGUAGAAGUUGGAGAACAUGAUGACAAACAGGCCUCUGGGAUUCUGAAGCUGUCCGACCCCUGACAACACUUCUGAUGGCAGCUUCAUCAGCUUCUUCCUGUUGCUCUAAAAUCCUGUUCCAUGCUGUCCAUUCACAUUUCAGUGGCUCUGGAUGGGAUGGAUCACAACAACUCAGAGAUCCUGAAGGAUCCUGGUGGAGAGCUGGUUCUGACAGCAGACUGGGAACUUUCAGAGUCCUUCUGUCCUGAGAAGGAGCAGAGGAGAUGUAGUUCCUGGACGGAGACGGAGGAUCUAAGCAUUAAUGGUUACCUGUCUCAGAGCUCCAUCUCCCGGUCCUUGCAACGAGCUGAGGUUCUGUUCAGAAGCACCUUCAAUCCCAGUCUGAAAUGGUUGUUUCAUGGUCACAGCAAUGAUGAGGAGGAGGAACAUUUUGUUGUGGCUCACAACCUGGUGUCCCGGUCCUCUGCACGCCUCCUGCGUCUUCAGCAAGCUCUCCUCACCAUGUCCCCCCAGUGGCAGCUGGUGGGUGAGGCUCAGGUUGCAUCUUCCCAGGCCUGUGUUAGAGGCCUUCCAGGUGAAGGUGGGGUUCUCUUCCUUCCCUCUUCCUGCAGCCUGCAGGGACACUACAGAGCUCUGAGGAUGCUCCUGGACCAGCGGUCCCUGCUGGUCUUUAUACAUGAGUACAGCAGGAGAGCUCGCCUGGCAGCUGCAUACGUGGCCAGAGUGCGCCACCUGCUGGAGCAUCAGCUGAAGACCUCACACCUGACACCGGACCAGGUCAGGAGGAACCAGAUCCCAUCCAACUGGUCUCCAUUCAGAGUUGGUCUGGGCUCACUGGGUCACGAGCUCCGGGUCCAUCUCAACCACUGGUCCUGUCUGUUCUCCAAAGUCCAGUCUGACCACUAUCUGAGACACACUGUUCUUCAGCAGACCAGCCUGCUGUUGGAAAUCAGACAGACUUUGGACUUACUGGGUCUGCAGGCGCUAGUCUUGAUGGAACACUAUGUGCAUGCCAUUCUGUCUGCUGUAGCACAGACUGAGCUGGACUCUGUACCAAGAGAAGUCCUGGAAGACAUUCUAGCAGGUGCAGACCUGUAUAACCAGGCAGUGGAGGAGCAGAGAGGGCAGCACAGUGCCACCCAGCGGAGGACUGCAUUACUACGGCAUGGACAUUACUCCACGUUGGAUUCUAGUCUUCCAAAGAUCAGAAGACAUCACCCUUCUGCGUUCUCAGUUCAAGAGAUAAUGGCCAUUUUAGCAGUGCAUAAUGCAGAGGUGGCAGCCAAGCAGCUGCAGCACUGGGUGUUUGAGCAGAGCUGUCACAUCUGUCAGGUCCACGCCCACCACCAGCUGUGUGCAUGUUCUGAUACCUGCACUAGUCCGGUGCCUGGGCCCAGCUGUGGGACGUCCACGCUGAGGUCUGAGUGGACCUGGGAGCAGCUGCAACAGGCCUACCUGACUUCCUCUCCUCUCUUUUGCAUUAGUCAUCCCACUUUCCAGCCAUCUUUGAGCCACUCCUGCAGUAAAACUCCACCUAUUUGCAUGCCUGAGCUUCAUUGGGACAGUACCUUCUUGGAACACUGUCGUCCUGCUUUAGCCAAGCCCAGUUCUGUCCAACACAUAAAAGAAGGCUCUACAGAAGACCCAACUGGCCAAAACCAGACAUACAUGUUGCAGUCUGGUCUCAGCCAGGGCAGCAUGGAAGCUUUAGAUUCUGUGCAACCAAAUGGAGACAGAAAAAAAAAGUUAGAAAGCUGUCCAUCACCACGGACUGUCUCAGCCUCUUCCACCAGCCUCCGUCAUCUCACAGCCCUGCCUCUGUCCAGGGUCUCCCAACUGGACCGUUCCUCAGCACAGUCACUCUUUCAGUUAUUGGUUUCCUCCAGUGACCUGCUGGCUCAACUGUUGUCGCAUAAUUCUCCACCAGAUGGACCAACUGAACAGCCACGCCCAGCUACAACACCUGAUGUGUUCAAUGGAAAGGACUCAAGGAUUUCAUGUGCUCCUGUCACAAAUACAACUGAUCCAGUGAAUCAAAACAAAGACCAAAAUGUGGACAGAACUCUGGAGAAACAGGUUGAACUGGGAAUAACAACUGGGUCAGAUGCCACUGGAAGCUCAUGCUUUCAGAGAAAGGGCGACCCAGAGAAAGAGGAGCUUGCAGGAGCAGAGGGGACACCAGUGGAGUCGGAGUGUGUUCGGUGGCCUCAUUCGGUGCAGUGGUCAGACCUUGGUCAGUCAGUGGUGUUUGCAGAUCUUCUUGAACAGUAUCACACUCUGCUCUGGACUCUUUGCAGCAAAGCCCUGUGGCUACAACUGCAUGUUCCACAUGACAGCAACUCUGCCGAGAGCAUCAACCUUCAAGACAGUCACAUGGGCUUCAAGAUCCUGCACAGGAUUGGGCAAGCUUCAGGGACAGGUGUGGUUCCAAAGGAGUGCAAAACCAUGCUGGAGGACUUCAGUCUGUAUCUGUUGAUCAUUACAGCACAUGCUCACUGGGACUACGUGUUGUGCAGAAGUUUGGGUUCUGCUCUAAAGGAUCAGUGUCUUGCAAAUCAAGGGACCAGCUCUGUGAUGCCAACACUGAAGCAAAGUGGAGGUCUGAUGAAUUCACAGACCAUGGAGCACUUCCUCCUGCUGCCUCCACCUCUGCUGUCAUCGCUUUGCUGCCAUCACUUAAAGAGUGGAGCCUUCGGUCCUUCUAGCCUCUUCCCAUCGAAGUUCACUCUUCUGAGACAGACUGCUAGCCUGGUGUUAGCCUCAGUGCAGCUGUCUACAGUCUGGGUCAUGUCCAAGGCCUACCAGUUCCUCUCUUCAUGGAGCCUCAACAAGUUCCUGCUCAUCACACAGGGGGACCUACAUAUGCUGAGGGAGUCCUUAGAGACGAUUGUGCACCAGACGAAGCACCUGGUGAUGAACUUAGACAGCGACCACUGUUCCACCCUCUGUCAUCAUAACCAGCUGCUGCUGGGGCAGCAGACUGAAACUCUGGACAGAACCGUGUCCGAGCUGCAGAGCUUCUCCUCUCUGGUGCUGAACACCUUCUCCAGUGACUGUAAGCGGAUGUCAGGGGAGAUCUUCGAGCGGACCAUGCCUUCUGCUGUACACUGGAGACCCAGCCACAGGGCAGGUUUUCCCAGCAGUCCCAGUGAGUAUGCAUCUCUGGCAGCUCAAACUGUGAUUGGUCAGGUUCUAGAAGGUGUAGCACCACUGUCUGAUGAUGCUCGAGUCCAAGCACUGAGCAUAACGAUGACAGCUUUCAUGGAGGCUUGGAUGGAACACAUCCUGAAACAGAAGAUCAAAUUCAGUGUACAAGGAGCUCUUCAGCUGAAACAAGACUUUGAUUCUAUCAGGGAGAUGAUCCAGUCAGACAAGUAUGGGCUGUCUACUGAACUCCACCAACGCCUGCUCAGCCUCCGGGUUUUCCAGCAGGUGGACUCAGCGGUGGUGUGUCUGCUGCAGCAGCCCCAGGCGAAGCCCUACCUGCAGCCCAGACCCUGGGAGCCGUUCACUCGCUGCUGUCCGGCUAACAGCAGCAGGGACAGCAUCGAUGCUUCAGUGUCAGGCAGCAUCACCAACCUGAGGUGUGUGGAGGGUGAAGACGUGACGCAAUCUGAUCCCUCGCUGGUGACCACUCACCUCCCUCCAGUGGACCCGUCCACCCCCACAGAGCCCUACCUUGCUCCAAGUUUAGCGCUCGGUGCUGCUCAGCAGGAGUGGUUGGACCUGAGGAUCCAGAGUAGUGCUCGUCGCUGGAGACUGCCGGGACUGCAGUGUGUCUCCAAGUCUGAACCCUGAAUACACCCACUUCACACCAACCUGUCUGCUUCUUCACUUUAGUGUCAACAAAACAUUCAUGCAAAUAUCUACUGAAAAGGUUACCAGUGUUUUAUUGUUGUUACUUUUGCACAUAAGAAUGUGAUCGCUGUGGAUAUUACAUUUGAAUAUGGUCAAACCUAUUUAUUAAUCAAUGUAAAUAUUUGUAUUAUCAAACAUAUUUAUUUUACCAUUUGUAUACAGACAUAUUUUUAUAAUUCUGAAUAAAACUAUGUUUUAUUAAUAUAUUUAA